AUGACAAAUUCUUCUAUAGCUACAAGCCUCUUAGAGAUGAUGGAAGAACAAUUAGAGGAGACUUUACAUCUAAGAAAUACUUCAAGUAGUAGUGGAAAUAAAGAGGAAAAACCACGACUCAUGUUGCUCCUGUUAUUGUUACUUCUUUUACUUAUUCCUGGUUUUUGGGGUUUAUAUCAUCUAAUUCGAUAUAUUCGCAGGUAUAAGUAUCAUCAACUGGCUCGGCGAUUAAAAUUAGCUGGUUCCUUACAUCCUGGGGAUGUGGAUGAUUUAGAUAUGGGACGUGUUAUUCGUGGUGGUGAAUGGCUUACCGAUAGAAGUCGUAGUAGAUUUCCUGAAGUGGGUAAUAUUGUUUUGCCUCUUGAAGUUUCAAGUCCUACUGUGGAGUUUGAUCCUAUACUUGAUGAGGCGGAGAAACAUAAACGACGAUGGAUGCGGCGGCGUAAUUUAACGGAUGCUGAAAAUAGUAUCAGUAAUAUUCAAAACAAUGAGAAAAGUAAAAGUAAUAACAAUAACAAUAGUGCUAGUAUGGUUGGUGCUGAGAUUGAGAGUGCUUUUGAAGAAGAAGCACUGGGAACCAGCGUAGAUGAUACCUCACCAGAAAAAGCGGAAGAAGGAUCUCCAACACUAAUGAGAUUAGGAAGACGUAAUACUAUUGUUGCGGUUGCUGGUACCUAUGAUGUCACAACUACACGUGUAUGGCUGAAGAAACUAGUCAGCGAAGAGGAAAGUAAUGCCGAUAACAACAAACACAAUGGGGAUGCGGAUGCCCUACAAGUUAGUAUGGGUGAUGGGGCUGGAGGAGCAUCCACAUCGGGUGUAGAGAACGGCGAUAGUCGACAUGGACGAAGAAGUAGUUUUUCAACUCCUCAUGGUAAACGUGAUGGCGGCCGCUCUUUUCAAGAGAUAUUAGAAGAUGUUGCAGCACCAGACGACCUUUCGGCAACCUUUCAUGCGAAGGUUAAAAUGACACCUGAGGGGCUUGUAUUUGAUUCAGAAAAGAGUACUAAAGAGAAAUCUGUAGAUGGAGAGAAUGACGAGGAAGAAGAAGAUGAAAAAGAGGAGGCGAAUGAAGAAGAAGAAGAGGAAGAGGAAGAGGAAGAUGAGGAAGAAUAUAGUGAUAAAGAAUAA